UUUUCUCAUAGACAAGCUGCAAGAUCAGUGCAAGAAGACUUUGAUACAACAUAUUUGGGAAAAUUUCUGGAGGCAAAGUUCUCAUAAUGCAGAGUGUCAGGUGCGUGAUUGUUGGAGACAGUGGAGUAGGAAAGAGCUACUUAAUCUACACCUACAUCAAAAAGAUCUUCCCUAAUGAGUACGUAACAGGUUUCUAUGACACAAACUGCACCGAGGUGGACGUAAACGGCCAGACUGUCUGCCUGACCCUUGUGGACACCGCCGGCAGGGAGGAAUACGACCGUUUACGCCCCCUCUGCUACACCGACGCCAAUGUCAUCAUCAUCUGCUUCUCUGUUGCAAGCCCAACAUCUUAUGAGAAUGUCAAGAGCAAAUGGCAUCCAGAGGUUAAACUCCAUUGCCCUAAAGUGCCUAUUCUCCUUGUGGGAACGAAGAGUGACCUAUAUGAUGAUCAGGAGAUCCAGGAGAAACUGGGAGAGCAGAAUCAGACCACAGUCACCAAGCAGCAGGGAACAACAAUGGCAAAGCAACUUAAGGCCUUUAAAUAUCUUGAGUGUGCUUCAAUUAACCAGCAUGGACUAGAUGAGGUGUUUGAUGAGGCUGUGCAUGCCUUUCUCAGUCAUUCAACCACCACCAAGAAACGCUGUGUACUCUUGUAAGUUAAGGUUGCAUAUAAAUAAUUUAUUUCGAUGAGGUUAAGUUCAUUUAUUUAAAGUGCUUUUCCAUAUGUUUCUGUAUAUCUGUGCACCUUUAUAUGCUUGUGGAUGUGCUAUGAUGUUUGCACUUGAGGAGGCUACAGAAGUAUCUAACUUGAUAUAAAUAUGUAACUGACUGUGUCAUAAUUAAAUGUUGUUUUAUUUUAACUUUA